AUGUGGAUUAUUCGUGGGAUUUUUGUGGGAUUGAUUUUGAUGAUGAUAAUAUUUGUAAGAGGAAAUGAAGGUCAAUCUUAUAGAAGUGUAGGAAUGAAGAAAUUGACAUGGAAGACUUUGAUUGUUGACCAGAAUGGCCAUGGAAAUUUCUCUACAAUUCAAGCUGCCAUUGAUUCUAUUCCUUCUAAUAAUAGAUUUUGGGUCUCCAUUCAUGUUAAACCUGGUGUUUAUAGAGAGAAGGUGAAAAUUCCAUAUGAUAAACCAUAUAUCAUUUUGAAAGGACAAAGCAAAAGAACAACAAAGGUUGUUUGGGACGACCAUCUCACUGUUGCUCAAAGCCCUACUUUCACUUCUUCAGCUGAUAAUAUUGUCGUCAAAUCCAUCACUUUUGUGAAUUCUUAUAAUUAUCCAUGGAAUAAUGGAAAUCCAAGAGUUCCAGCCGUAGCAGCAAUGAUCACAGGCGACAAGUCGUCUUUCUAUAAAUGUGGUUUUUAUGGUGUUCAAGACACAUUAUGGGAUGAUCAAGGACGACAUUACUAUCAUCGUUGCACCAUUCAAGGAGCUGUCGACUUUAUUUUUGGAGCUGCCCAAUCCAUUUUUCAGGGGUGUUCAAUAUCAGUGGUUGGAGAAGCACUUCUUCCAUUAGGGUCCACAAGCUUCAUAACAGCACAAGGAAGAACCAAUCCAAAUGAUGCAAAUGGUUUUGUUUUCAAAGAAUGCAAUGUGUUUGGGAGUGGCUCAGCCUUCUUAGGAAGGCCAUGGAGGGGAUAUUCAAGAGUUAUCUUUUACAACUCCAACUUCUCCAACAUCAUAAACCCUAAUGGUUGGGAUCCUUGGCAUUUUGUUGGUCAAGAGAACCAAUUGACCUAUGCAGAAAAUGGUUGUUACGGACCAGGUGCUGACAUGUCUCAUCGAGUAGAAUGGGAAAAGAAGCUCAGUUUAAAUGAAAUACGACAACUAACUAGUUUAAAUUUUAUCAACGGUGAAAGUUGGAUCCAAGAUCAACCUUAUUAA